CACACCUUGUUACUUCCACUAUGCCGAAAUCUUUCAUUUAGUUCACAUCGUUCACGUUCCCCAACAAAAUUGAUGCAAAGAUUUUGAGUGUGAAAAAUACAAACAAUGCAAAUGGUCUUUUUGAAAGUGAUUGAUUGAAAUAAACAUCUCUGUAUUUUCAUGUUACAUUGUACACCGAUUUUUAUUUAUUUAAACAAAUUUUCCUACUUUGUUUCCCUGACCAAAUUAAAUUCGAGGACUAUACCUAAAGUAAAAAGAAGUAUUGAAAUAUUCUAUAAUUUGGAAAUAUGGUUUCAUCAUGUUGUAUAUGUUCAAGAGAAGAUACUCGUUUAGAAACACGAUCAUUUCACAGGAUACCAGCAAAUGAAGAAAUGAAAAAGAAAUGGUUCCACAUAAUUGGCCGUACUGUCUCAUAUAAAGGUGCUAGAGUUUGCAGCGAUCAUUUCACAGAAGACGAUUAUACUAACAUAAAUCCUUAUUCAAAAGUCAGAAGAUUAAAAAACACUGCAGUUCCUUCUGUAAUUUUGCAAAAAAAAAAAAAAGUAAAAAGACAAUCAUCAUUUCAAAAGAUUGCUGUAAAUUUAUACAAUUCUGAAAUAAUAUCUGAAAAUGAAGAGGCUGUUACUUUUUGUAAGUCUGACAAUUUGGAAAUUAACGCGAACAAUGAUACUACUGAAAUCAAAGAAAGUGAAAAUGUGAAUAAUGAAUUAAUAUUGACUCAAGAUGCAAGUGAAAACUUCAUUAUUUUCUUAAAUUCUGAAAAAAUAAAUGUUGCUUGUAUUGAUAAUCAAGAAGUUGAUGCUAAUUUUGAAAACAAUAUGAAUAAUAUAAGUAAAGAAAGAGAACUUUCAUCGCCUAAUUUAGCAAAUUCCAAGACAAGAAAAGUUUUUCUAAAACUUUCCAAAUAUAAUACAAUAUGCUUCACAAGAACAGAUUUUUCAUCGGACAAAAAAUGGACAGAAUUUUUGAAAUGCAUCACUUACAGAAGACGUGAAAAUAAAAUUAUACGUCGAAGGAACAAAUGCUUGCAGAAAAAAAUUUUGAUAUUUCAAGAUAUGUUGCAAGAUUUGUUGAAAAAAGUUUAAUAGCUAGCAAUGCUAUAAAUGUUAAAGUGAGUAUUAUCAUUGUAAAUAAUUAAUUUUUUAUUAUUGCAUUAAUAUUAAUAAUUGUAAAUAAAUUAUAAAUAAUUAUAAAUAGGAAAUCGAUAUUAAAUAAAUAAAAAUAUGAAUUGUACAUCUUAUUUUGAGUAAUAUUAUAAGGUACUUGAUUCUAGAGCACAGAGAAGCGAAAAUGAUGAAUCUUGGUUGGUCUUUGCAAAUAUCAUGUAAUUGUCGGCAGUUAUAAUAUCUAUUUUUAUUGUUUAUAUUUUAUCGACAAUGAUGUUAUGUGUGUUAUUAAUCUCAUCUAUUAAGAAAAGAUAUGUUCUUUAUUUAAUCUAUUUAGUCAAUGUAUUGUGCUUUUAUUUUUUGUUUAUUUUUCAUCUCAUGAAAAUUGAAAUGAAAAUUGUCUAAAUGAUUUAAUUUUUAAUAUUUUCUAAAGCUUUUUAUGUAAUUAGUGCAUAAACCGGUUAUGCUUCUUUGAAUGCAAAAGGAGUUUAUUUGAGUCAAAUAAAAUUUGCUUAUUUUUUUAAAAGCUGUUAAGUAGAGAUUUUUUAAAUAUUUGAAUAAAAACUUAAGAAUAUUUAAUUCUAUAAAUACUACUACUAUAAAUCUUUAGCAGGAGUCCCCAAAAACCCUUUAGAUUUAAAUGAUUUAUAUAGGGAGUGAUAAACUCCCUAUAUAUAAAAAACUCAAUCUUAUUGCUAUUAUUUCAAAAAGUAUGUCCACAGAUACCAACACAUGAAAAAAUGAAGAAGAAACAGUUCCUCAAUUUUACAUUGGCUGUCUCAUACAAAUGUACAGAAAAUUAUUGUAAUGUAAAUGCUCAUUCAAAAGUCAGAAGAUUAAAGAACACUACAGUUUCUUCUGUGAUUGUAUAAAAAAAUGAGAUAAAAUUAAUUAAGAUAUGUAUCGAGAAUUCUUUGCAAUAAUAAAGAUAUAAAUUAUUUUA